AUAAAAUUUAGUUUAAAACAAAUGAAUAUGCACGUGUGGCUGGUGACCAUUGCAGGGAACAUCCUUGCUUUAACAGGGGACACCACCUUAACAUGGUCUUCCCCUAUGAUAACAAAACUUCAAUCCAAUGAUACCAACGUAAACCCGCUGGGACAACCAAUUACAGACGACGAAAUCUCAUGGAUAGGCUCGAUGCAGUAUAUUGGAGCCAUGGUGGGGAUUUUUCCGUUUGGAUAUUUGGCUGAUAAAAUUGGGAGAAAACCGACUUUACUAAUAUUGGCGGUACCUCAUUUGGCGUCAUUUUUAAUUUUUGCUUUUGCGCAUGAUAUUAAUUUGUUUUAUUUUGGGAGGUUUUUAGGGGGAGUUUCGCUGUCUUCGGUGUAUAUUGUGUUGCCUAUGUAUAUAGCUGAGAUUUGUGAGGAUUCUUAUAGGGGAAUGUUGUUGGUUUCCUAUAGUACCUUUGCUAGUUUUGGGGAUUUACUACCGUAUAUUUUGGGGCCGUAUAUUUCAGUUAAAUUAUUCAAUGUUAUUCUAGCUACACUGCCUUUGAUAUUCUUAGUGGUAUUUGGGUUUAAAGCCCCUGAGAGCCCAUAUUAUUACGUCAAAAAUGAUGACAGCUAUAAAGCCGAAAAAUCUUUGAAAACAUUAGGACUAAACAAUAAAAUUGCUAUACAUAGCAUAGAGAACGAAAUUGAAUCAAACAGAACUAAGAACGUGUUUAAUACCCUCAAAACAAAAAAUGUUAUUAAAGGUUUUAUAAUAGCUUUAAGCUUAUCGUCAUUGCAGCAACUUUCAGGUAUAAGUGCUGUUCUAUCGUACACUGAAAUUAUUUUCAGGAGUGGUGGUUCGAACUUUUCAGCUGAAGAGUCGGCUAUUAUUGUAGGGGUUGUAUUAUUUUUGGCUAGUUUUUGUGGACCCUUGUUGGUGGACAGAAAGGGUCGUAAAUUUUUGUUGAUAUGUUCUGCCAGUGGUAUGGUGGUAUCGCAAGCAAUACUGGGUGUGUACUUUUACCUUAAAGAUAAAAAAUACACCUUAGAUAGCGUGAGUUGGUUGCCUAUAAUAUGUCUUGUAGUAUUUACCAUAACUUUCAAUAUAGGGUUUGGUCCUUUGCCAUUUACAAUAACUUCGGAAAUUUUACCGUCAAACGUUAAAUUCUUUUUGGCCACAAUUACAGGUUUCAGUGGUUGGUUGGUCUCCUUUUUGGUCACCAAGUUUUUCAACGAUUUAAAUAACUAUUUAGGGCAGGGUGAAACAUUCUGGUUGUUUUGUGGCUUUAAUGCAUUGGCAUUACUGUUUGUUGUUAAAUUUGUUCCCGAGACCAAAGGUUUGAGUUUUCAGGAGAUACAAAGAAUAUUGUCCAAGUAGUUUUAAGUGUUAAUCUAUGAAUGUACUUAAUUUUGUUGUUUGAUUUUUAAAACCUUAAGCAUUUAUUAGAUUGUAUUAA